CAUUUUCUUGAGAAGUUCCCUUCUGGGUUCUUGAUUUGGAAAAAUGGGUAACAAGAUAAUCUCAAUGAUGAAGAAAGAUAGCAAAGAUGGAGGAGGAGGAUCUAAGAGCAAGAGAAUGAAUCGGUCACAAAGGAAAUUACUUGCUGAUGAAGAGAUGUUGCAUCGUCGAGCUUUGUCCAUGGCUAUUCAUCAAGCUCAGCUUUCUCAGAGAUUUGAUGGAUCUAUGUCUAGACGAGUCGGGUCUACUAGUACUAGGAAACGAACUCUCUCUGACCCGUUUUCUAAUGGCAAGCAGGUACCUGAUUUUUCAGAGAGCUUGAUGGUGAAGAAAUUUGUUUUGGUGCACGGUGAAGGGUUUGGGGCAUGGUGUUGUGUCUCUACCUUGGAGGAAUAUUCAAGACCGUUGAUCGAGCUCCUCGAAAAUCUCCCUGAAGAAGAGAAGGUUAUUCUAGUGGGUCAUAGUACUGGAGGUGCUUCCAUUUCAUAUGCGUUAGAGCGGUUUCCAGAGAAAAUCUCAAAAGCUAUAUUUGUAUGUGCAACCAUGGUUUCUGAUGGCCAAAGACCCUUUGAUGUUUUCUCUGAAGAGCUUGGUUCCGCAGAGCGGUUCAUGAAAGAGUCGCAGUUCUUGAUCUACGGGAACGGAAAAGACAAGCCUCCUACGGGGUUUAUGUUUGAGAAACCACACAUGAAAGGCUUGUAUUUCAAUCAAUCACCCAACAAGGAUAUAGCAUUGGCAAUGAUCUCAAUGCGGCCUGUACCACUCGGACCAAUGAUGGAGAAGCUAUCUCUGACCGCAGAAAGAUACGGGAAAGGGAGAAGAUUCUAUGUCCAGACACUAGAUGACCGUGCGCUCUCACCAGAUGUUCAAGAGAAGGUAGUGAGAGAGAACAGCCCUGAAGGAGUCUUCAAGAUCAAAGGAAGUGAUCAUUGUCCUUUCUUCUCAAAGCCUCAAUCUCUCCACAAAAUUCUUCUCGAGAUUGCACAGAUUCCUUAACAAAGAUCAGAGAUUCUUUGGAGGAGAGAAUACUGAUUAUACUUUUUAAACGAGAAUACACUUUUAUUUAAUCC